ACUUCAAUUCUCGCCGCGUGUCUGUCGCACCAUUGAAAAAAAAAAAAAAAAAAAAUUCGUUGAGUGAUAAUACGAUAUAAACUAUCGGUAAAUGCACAUCGAAAAUACUUAAUCAAAUCAUUGCUUUAUUUAUGCCAUAAUAAAAAAAAAAUUUCAUCUUAAUAAUUUAUUUAAAAUUCAUAAAAUAAUAGAAAGAAAUUUUUUUUUAUUUUAUUUAUUUAAAAAAAUAUAUAAUUACUAGAUGUAAUCUAGUAAAUGUAAAAAUUAAAAAAAAAUAAAACAAUGUAUAUUCUUUAUUGAAAUAAAAAAAUAAAGAUAUAAUUUAGGUGAAAAUUAAAUUUAAUAAACAAGUUCAGUGUUCAACUGUGUCAGGACUUUUUGCGGCUGACCAAAUAUUGGUUAGCAUCACUUGUUGUGACCUAAGUAAAAUUAGAACUAAAAAAAAAAUUUUUUUUUCAACAAUUCAAUCAAUUUAUCAAUUAACACAUGGUUGAAGAUUAAAAAAAAAUAUAAAAUUUUAAUAUCUCUACUUGUGAAAGUAUGACUUGAUGACUUGAAGACGAGAAUGUAAGUAAGGAGUUUUAAAAUUAUUGAUAUUUUUGGUAAGAAGAGUCAUUAAAUUCAGAAGUGGCGGGACUGAAAAAAAAAAUUUGACAUGGAAAUUAUCAACGAGACGGAUAUCAACAGUCUCAAUGAGACCGAUGACAAUCGUACGGAUACACCAGUCUACUCAAUCGGCUCGGAUUUCAUGACAAAAUGGCGAGUAACGCAAUUACAAAAACAACCGAAACAAGUUUGUCGUUAUGUUUAUGAUCUUUUGAGUGCUGAAUGUACACCACUGAAUGGUUCUUGGCUUGAUCCAACUGAUUCACGAAUGUAUAAUGCCGAGUACAAUGAACUUCUCACAGAUUGGUCAAAUAAUUUUACCAAUGCUACUAAUUCAUCGAGAGAUGAUGUCUUUGGCCCAACUGAAAGUCCUCCUCCUUUUGAACUUUGGCAAUCGAUACUUAUUGGAAUGGGUUUGGCUGUAUGUAUAGUGUUAACAAUUUGUGGUAACAUCUUGGUAUUAUUGGCUUUUAUUGUGGACAGAACAAUUAGACAGCCAAGUAAUUAUUUUAUUGCAUCAUUGGCUGCGACAGAUAUGCUAAUUGGAUCAAUAUCAAUGCCAUUUUAUACAGUUUAUGUAUUAAAAGGAUCUUGGAAUUUAGGACCAUUACUAUGUGAUCUUUGGUUAUCAGUUGAUUAUACUGUUUGUUUAGUAUCACAAUAUACUGUAUUAUUAAUAACAAUUGAUCGUUUUUGUUCAGUUAAAAUAGCAGCAAAAUAUCGUAGUUGGAGAACUAAAAAUCGUGUUAUUUAUAUGGUUACAAUAACAUGGAUAAUACCAGCAUUAUUAUUUUUUACAAGUAUAUUUGGAUGGGAAUAUUUUAUUGGUUAUCGUGAUUUAAAACCACAUGAAUGUGCUGUACAAUUUUUAAAAGAUCCAGUAUUUAAUACAGCAUUAAUAAUUGGUUAUUAUUGGACAACACUUGUUGUAUUAUUUAUACUUUAUGGUGGUAUAUAUAAAACAGCAUAUGAUAUGCAAAAAAAAAGUGAAGCUAAACAAAGAAAAAUGCAAUCAAUGGUUGCAUUAAGUGCUGGUGCAAUGUCUGGUAUGGCUGGACGUGCUGCUGGUAUUGGUAUAUCAAAAACUCAAAGUUCAAUAUUAAGUGUUGAAAAACCAUCAACUGAUAGUACCAUUGGUGGUACUAUAACAGCUGCAACUGAUAUUAAUACACAAGAUAAUAAUAAUAAAAAUGAUAAUAAUAAUUUAAAAACAACAGCAUCAGCAACAACAACAACACCAAAUAAAAAAACAACAUUAACUUUAAAUCAAAAUAAAGAUAAUGUUAAUAAAUUAACAUCAGAAAUGGAAAAAUCAGAACGUUCAAGUAGUCCAGCAUUUGAUUCAGAUGAAGAAAGUACUGUUGGUCCAACAACAACAACAACAAAAACAACAGUAACAUUAACAUCACCAUCACCAACAACAAGUGGUGUUAAAAAAAAAUCAACACUUGCUGGUUUAAUGGUACAAACUGGUGCAUUACAUUUUUCAGCAAAUGGUCGUUUAAAUGGUAUGGUACCAGUUAAUAUGGAAGCUAAUAAUCAAAAUGCUAAACAGCCUUUAUCAACAAGUCCAUUGCCAGAUAUAACAGCUACAAAAAAUCAAACACUGCCAAAAAUACAAGAAACUAGUAUUAUUGAAAGUGAAAUACAAUAUGAAAUUAAUAAUCAUGAAUAUGAUAGAUCAAGUUGUACUUUAACACCUGAACAAUCAUUACGUUCAACUGAUAAUAUUGAAUUGGAGCAAAAAAAUAUAAAUAGUAAUAAUAAUAAUAAUAUUACUAAUGAUAAUAGUAACAAUAAUUGUAAUAAUAAUAAUAACAAUAGCAAUAGUAAUAAUAAUAGUAACAACAACAACAACAACAAUAGUAAUAAUAGUAAUAAAAUAUUAAAUAAUCAAAAAAAUAAUAUAAUACCACCACCAACACAAUUUCGUGGUUGUUCACCAGGCUCAGAUAGUGCAUCAACAACAUCAUCAAUUGAUAGAACAAGAUCAACAAUUGGACAAGGUACGUACGAUAUAUUGACUGGUCUUGAUGGUGCUGAUUUUCGAUAUAUGGAUGAAAGUUCUGUGAUCGUACCCAGUCCAUCAUACGAGAGUCCACCAUCUUCAUUUUCCUGUAGUCUUGCUAAUCCAUUAUCAACAGCUCCAUCAUCACCAAUAAUGGCACAUACUGGUCAAACUGGAUUAAAUACUAGUUUGUUGCAAGCAGCUUUAAUACGUGCAACUGCACAACAAACUGGUACAAUACAAUCAUAUCCUAAUGUAAUAUAUCCCAAUGUUAAUCAUGCAUCAUGUCAAACAAAUUCACCUUGUGUAUUUGUUAAAAAUAAAACUAAUACUGCAUCACAAACUUCACCCACAGUAAGCAAAGUCAACACUGAAGUUAUAUUAAAAACAGCUGAUAAUAAUAAAAAUUUACAACCAAUAACAACUGUCGUUAAUAAAACUGUUAAUGAUUCAACAACAAUUAUUAAUAAUAAAAUUAAUGAUGAAAAAUUAAGUAUGUCAGUUCAACAAACAUCUUCAAGUAGUAAUCAACAAAUAAUAACAACAACAACAACAACAAAUGAUACAACAAUUUCUAAUACAAAACGACAAUCAAGUAAAAAAAAUAAUAAUGAUGAUGAAGAAGGUGGUAGUGGUUCAAGACGUGAUUUUGUUAAAUCAAUUGGUAAAAGAUUAAAAGCUAAAACAGCUAAAAAAGAUUUAUUAUUUGGUAGACAAAAAUCAAGAACUGAAAAUCGUGCUAGAAAAGCAUUUCGUACAAUAUCAUUUAUAUUGGGUGCAUUUGUUGCAUGUUGGACACCAUAUCAUAUAUUAGCAUUGGUUGAAGGUUUUUGUUCAAAUCGACCAUGUACAAAUGAACAUCUUUAUAUGUUUUCAUAUUUUUUAUGUUAUGCUAAUAGUCCAAUGAAUCCAUUUUGCUAUGCAAUGGCAAAUCAACAAUUUAAAAAAACAUUUACAAGAAUAUUAAAGGGUGAUUUGCACAUGACAUAAAAUUUAUAAUUAAAAUAAUAUUUAAAAUUAAUUAAAUAGAAUAAUUGUUAAUUUAAAAAAUAUAUUAAUGGAUUUAUAAAUUAUUUGCCACAAAAAAUUAAAAUUAUGUUUUUUAAAAAAACAAACAAAACAUGCUAACAUAAAUAGUCUGAGGACAAUAAUUUAAUUGAAUAUUUUUACCAUGAUGAUGAUAAUUAUAAGUAGCAUUCAUAUAAGUAUUAAUUUUGUUUUUUUUUUUUUUUUUAUUAAUUUUGUUUACACUGCAACAACAAUGACAAAAAUGUUCGAUGGCCAUUUUAUGUGUAAAUAGAUAAUAUUAUAUAACAUUUCCAAGACCUAAUAAAUUAUGUAAAUUGAUAUAAAAAUUAUUAUUUAAAAAUAAUUCAUAAAUAAUAGAAAAAUUUAAUAUAAUUAAUAAUAGUAAUAAAAAAUAGCAAAAAAUAAUUAUCUCUCUUGAAAUUAUUUUAUAAAUAUUUGAAAAAAAAAAAUAUUAUGUAUUUAUAAAUACAUUUAAUAUUUAAAAAACAUUUAUUUGACAUUUGAGGUAUAUUGUAUAUUGUAGAAAAAAAAAAAAAAAAAUGAGUUAUUAGAACUUAAAAAAAAGAAAGACAAAAAAGUGAAAAUGUCAUAUUAUCAUGAGUAAAAUUUCAAGUAUUAAUAUUGAUAAAAAUGGAUUAUCUUUUUUUGAUUUAUAAAUAACUUUGUAAAAAUAGUAAUAUAUAAAAAUAUGUAUAAUUUAAGAAAUUAUUUACUGAAAGAGUGGCCUACUUUAAAUCAAGUUUUAACAACAAAAGAAUUUGUAGAAAUUCAUGCUAAUCUCUUAAUACAAUAACACAAAUGUUCCAGACGACAAAACAAUAUAUACUCGUGAUUAUUAUUUAAAAAAAAAAAAUAUAACAUUACAUUAUAUAAUAGUAUGUUCAUUUAUUUAAAUUGAUUUUCAUGUAAAACAUUUGUGUUGUCAUCAGUGUGUAUAUUUAAUCAAUAAAUUGAUAACUUGUUUAGAAAUGACAAUUGUUAAAAUUAUCAAUGGUGUGUAAAUGCUUUUAUGCGUUGUAAUAAGUGAAGUAGUAUUACGAUGAUAUUACAUAAACGAAAAUAAAUUGUUAAUUUAACUGUAUGAAUUAUGGAUGAAUGCUUCGUCAUGAGUAUAAUGUUGACUGGAUAGUAUUAAUCUCAUUAUAUUUUUUCUGUACACAUGGAAAACACAAUAAUAACUUUGAAAUAAAUAUAGAAAUAAUCAAUAGUAAAUGUUAAAUACCAUUGGAACAUAUCCAUAAAAUUACAUCUAGACUAUCACAAUUAAUUUAUUCAAUUUUACACUUAUUUUAUUUAUUUAUUGUUUUUUAAAGAAAAAAAAAUUUAUAAUGAAAAUGGACACUUUGCUGGUCAAAGUAAAUCUAUUUAAUUUUUUUUUUUCUUUCAUUAUAUUAAGGUUUAAAAUCUCUGUUAAUUUAUAGCUGAUUUGUUUUAUUAUUUUUUACAAUAAUAAAAAAAAUAAUUAAUUAAAUUUUAGUAUUAUAAAAUUAUAAUAUGAUGAUAUUGAAAAAAUAUAAUGAUGAUUGUUUAUUACUAGAAUGAAAAAAUAAUAAGUAAAUUAAUUUAUAAAUAAUAUCAUUUUACUGAUGAAAUUUAUAUUUAUUUAUUAACUUUUGAAUUGAAAGCCUAUAAUGUAUUUAGGCUAUUGGAUAAUAUGAAAUAUUGUUCGUUUAAUUGUGGUAACCAGAAUGAUGAUCUAGUAGAAAAUAUUUAUUUCUAAUUAUAACAAUACUAAAAAAAAUACUAAGAAAAAUUAUUUAUUCAAUAAAAUCAUCAUGAAUUUGAACACACAAUUUUUUUAUACUUUUAAAACACUACCUCAAGAUAAUACUCUUAUAAAAAGAAAAAAAAAAUAAAUGAAUGAUUAUUAAUUGACAACUGUAAAGAUAAUUAAGAAUGCAAAAAAAAUUUUUAAACAAAUUUAAAUUAUAAAAACUAUCAACGGCCCAGUGAGAUAUAUAUAUCAUAAAAAUAAUGAAUUUAUUGUAGACAUUCAAAGUAUAUUAAAAAAGAAGUAUAUUCAAGAACUCAUUGAAUACAGUUAGAGUUAAAAAAAAAAAUCACAAACAUAACGAAAAUUUAUAAAUAAAUUGAGAAUCAAAAUAUAAUAAUUUGAAAAAAUAAUACAGAAGUAAUUGAAAAAUAAAAUAAUUCAAAUGUGUGUAAAUACAAAAAAGGUAUAUAAAAAAAGCUGAUUUCAUCGGAGGGCUAUUCAUUGGUGUGGUCAUGGUGUCACUCUGGGUGUAGUCACGUGUAGUUAUGGAGUAUUUGUACUUUUUUAUUUAAAAUAUUAAGUUUUUUGUUUAUUUAUUUAACAACAAACGCAAAGCUGGAAAAUUAUGAAAAUUUAGGAAUACAAUAUAUAAAGCAAAACCCCCUGAAUAUUAUCCACUAUAUGAAUUUCCAACCGAAACGUUUGUUGAUGAAUAAAUAAAUAUAGCAGGUCAAUCUCUUAUAGUACAGUUAUUAUUAUCAAUAUGUAUCACUAUUGAUAAUAAUAAGAAACUUAAAAUUGUAGUUGAAAUCUAGUAAAUAGUGUAGUCAUUGUCGUUAUGUAUAAGAUGUAGUAGGUGUAGUACUUGUGUUUUUCGACUACAUUCCAAUAACUAUGGUGUCACUAAAUCUGGCCAUGAAUAGCCUUUCGUAUUCAGUCAAAAACUACUUUGCCCGACAAUCUAAAAGAAUUAAAAAAAUAUAGAAAAACUAGAUCAAUUAUUAAAUAUACAAGAAAAAAAUAAAAAUAAAAAUACAUUUAUGAUUCCAGUUGUUAAAAAGUGUAUCAACAUUUGUAGUAAUUUGUCGAAAAAAAAGGGGAAAAUAAAAUCCAAGUAGAUGUAAUAAGCUGUAAUAAUGGAUG